ACCACAACCCUUUGCUUACAAGAAAACAAAGAAAACUCACUCCCAUUCCCCCCACCACACCAAACUUCUCCUUUUUUAAGUUCUAUUCUUUUGCUUCCUCUUUACCAACUCAUUCCAUUAAUUAUCUUCAAUAUAUAUACAUAUAUAUGAUGAUGAUGAUGAUGAUGAUGAUGAUGAUGAUGAAGAGAAGGGAGUUUGGUAAUUUGGAAUGGUUAUUGUAUGGGAUGAUAAUAUUGGUAUUGUUUAGUUUGGGAGGAGUUCAUCAAUGCAAUGGUGGUAGUUUGAUGGGAAAUGAAGUAGUAGUGAUGGUUGAUGGAAAGGUGGCAGUGGCGAAGACGGACAAUGAGUUUAUUUGCGCCACCGUUGACUGGUGGCCGCAGGAGAAGUGUGACUAUGGUACAUGUAGCUGGGGUUCUGCUUCUUUGCUCAAUCUGAAUCUCUCAAGCAAAAUUCUGGCGAAUGCUGUCAAAGAGUUUUCACCGCUUAAACUCCGUCUAGGCGGUACAUUGCAAGACAAAGUCAUUUACAGCGUCGGGAAUACUAGAGAACCUUGUACUUCAUUUGUCAAAAACAGUUCAGAAAUGUUCGGUUUUACUCAAGGCUGUUUACCUCAGUCUAGAUGGGAUGAACUCAAUGACUUCUUCAGAAAAACCGGGGCAGUAGUUGUUUUCGGAUUGAAUGCGCUAAAUGGACGGGUUCCUAUGCAAGAUGGUUCAGUAGGAGGACCUUGGAAUUCGACAAAUGCCGUUGCACUUAUUCGCUAUACAGUCAACAAGGGUUACAAAAUCCAUGGUUGGGAGCUUGGAAAUGAAUUGAGUGGGAAUGGAAUUGGAACAAGAAUUUCUGCAAAUCAAUAUGCUGCUGAUGUUAUCACCCUGAAAUCAAUCAUCAAUGAAAUUUAUAAAAAUUCGACAGUGAAGAAGCCACUAGUGAUUGCACCAGGGGGCUUCUUUGAUGCAGCUUGGUUGGGUAAACUCAUCAAUCAAACAAAGGCAAAUUCACUGGAUGUAAUCAGUCACCACAUAUAUAAUCUUGGUCCAGGUGUGGAUGAGCACUUGAUUGACAAGAUUCUUGAUCCCAAGUAUCUUGAUGGCGAGGAAUCGGUCUUCAGAAAUCUUCAGAGAAUACUUAGAAGCUCAGGAAGUUCGGCAAAAGCCUGGGUUGGUGAAGCAGGAGGGGCCUACAACAGUGGCAGAAACCUUGUAACAAAUUCUUUUGUUUUCAGCUUUUGGUAUUUGGAUCAGCUUGGAAUGGCUUCAAAAUAUGACACCAAGACUUACUGCAGACAAAGCUUGAUUGGCGGGAACUAUGGCCUACUCAACACAACCACCUUCAAACCAAAUCCUGAUUACUACAGUGCGCUCUUGUGGUACCGAUUGAUGGGACGAAAUGUUUUAGAAACAAGCUUUAACAGCACAAAUAAGAUCAGAGCAUAUGCUCACUGUGCAAGAAAAUCAAGAGGAAUAACAGUGCUCUUGGUCAACCUCGAAGGCAAUAGAACAAGUCAAGUGUAUAUCAAUUCUCGAGUAUUCCACAGUAAAAAAGUUACAAAAUUAGGCAGAAGAAGAUCAAGUUUUCAUCAUCACAAGAUUUCCAGAGCUAGGAGGCACGUGAGGUAUGAGUACCACGUUACAGCCAAGGAUGCCAACUUGCGGAGCCAAACAAUGCUUCUAAAUAAUAAUACCUUGGAAGUGGACUCCAAUGGAAAUAUUCCAAAACUCAAGCCCAUCAAAGUAAAAUCACAUAAGCCUAUAUUUAUCAAACCAUUUUCAAUUGUAUUUGUUCAUAUUCCUUACUUUCAUGCUCUUGCCUGUAAGUAAGCUUGCGUUGACUUCCUAAACCUGCC